AAUCCAGGUUUAAAAACAGGGUCGAUGUCGAAUUUAAAACUGCAUUGUGAGUGUACAUGUAUGAUAUUCAAUCAAUAAAAUUUCGAAAAGAAAUCAAAUAUGGCUAACUUUAAUGGCACGUGGUUUCAUGAUGGCAGCAAGGAUGGAUGGGAGAGAUACGACGAGUUCAUGGAUCUCAUGGGAUUGAAAGAAGCAAAAGAAAGUUAUAGGGACGCCUGCACAACAAGCAAAUUUGAUGUCAAAGGAAAUGUUUGGACUAUUACCCACUCCAAUUCAAACUUAGAAGGGGAAAAGACACAUGUUAUUGAAGUAGGAAAGGAAUUCGCUGAUAAAAACCUGGACGGCUCCGAUAUCAAGGUUGUUUUAGAAGUUAAAAACGACUCCGAGGUACACGAAAAUGAACAAAGUAAUAUGGAAGACGGUGACUGGAGAAGUUAUAAAAUAGUCCGUCAAAUAACGGGUGAUAGUAUGACUGUAACUAUACAUUCAAAGGGUAAAUCUAUGGCAUACAAGAUGAAAAGAGUGAAAUAAAAUCAGACUUGGAAUUGAUACAGUGAAGAACCGCCAUUACAAUGAAGUGUAUUUCGAACUCCUCAACGUUUAUUGAUAUGAUGAAAUCUUACCUACAAUGCAAUGGCUUAAAAGAGUUCAAUUAAACAUGUAGAAAGACAAUCAAACGAGUAUAAAAUAAAAGUAAUUUAGGUUGCCGGUGAUAGAUUGAUAAAUUAUUAAAAAAAGAACCAAGGUUCCCACUCC